ACCCGAGUUAUCCUCUACUUCAGACUGGAAAGACAUUUUAAAAGUCCCAGCUUCACUUGAGAGGAGGGCAUUCAAUUCAGGACGCCCUCCUAAGGCUUUUCCCCACCCAUGGCGCUACCUGGCUCACAAGCCCAAGCCUGGAACCUGGAGUGUCCCACUCCUACUGCAGAGACCUCCUCGGCUUCUGAACCCCAAGAGCAAGAGGGACCCACGAGCCCCGGGGUAUCCGGAGGGCUUCCCUUGGAGAAAGUGAAGCGGCCUAUGAACGCGUUCAUGGUAUGGAGCUCCGCUCAGCGACGCCAGAUGGCGCAGCAGAACCCCAAGAUGCACAACUCCGAGAUCUCCAAGCGCCUGGGCGCACAGUGGAAACUGCUGGGCGAAGAGGAGAAGCGGCCCUUCGUGGAGGAGGCCAAGCGGCUGCGCGCCCGGCACCUACGCGACUACCCCGAUUACAAAUACCGGCCUCGGCGGAAGACCAAGAGCUCCGGCGCCGGGCCUGCCUUCAGCCUGGGAGGAGGUGUUCUGGACUGCGGCGGCCCACUCUGGAGUCCAGGAUAUACAACCACCCAAGGAAGCAGAGGGUUUGGGUACCAGCCCCCAAACUACUCGACAUCUUACCUACCCGGCAACUAUGGCUCUUCCCACUGUAGACCGGAGGCCCCCUCGCUGUGUUCCCUCCCUCAGAGUGAUCCUAGGCUCCAGAGGGAGCUUCUACCGCCACCGCCCUAUAGCCCCUACCUAUCCCCAGGGUCGCCCAGUCCUUAUAGCCCAGGCACCCCCAUGCCCCUAGCCCAUCUCUAGAACAAUCCAUGGACCUCCCAGUAAGGGCUGCAUUCUCCUUUCUUCUCACCCAGAAUCACCCUCUCAUCCUUUGUGUUGGAUCACAACUCAGAGGUGUGCAGCCCUUUCAAGAAAGCCAAGGCCAGCAAAACCACUAUAUAACAGUUUUGUAUGAUGAAACCAUGUGUUUGUGUCUUUAUUGUGUCCCAUCUUCCUUCACCUCAAAGCAGCAAGAACCAGCACCAUCUCCACUCCCUUCCGCCUGGACCUGCCAGAGCAGGAACCUCCUCACCCCGCCCUGGGGCCCUGCCUGAGUCAUUCAGUCCCCUUUCUCACCUCCAGCACUGGUCCAGUAGAUAGUAAUGUACUAAAUGGGGCAGGGACAGGGGGCACCCCAUCCCCGACUUUCCUCUAGUCCCUUAUUUGGGCUCUGUCCUUUUAAGGCCAGAAGAGCAGUGGGGAGGUGAAAAAGAAAUAGCUGGACACUGCUACUGCAGGAGCCAAAUGAUUAAAUGAGGUAAUAGCACAUGUGCAGGCCUGAGGAAGUUUUUUUUUGUGGUACUGGGAAUU